AUGCAGAGGCAUUGUCGCGCUAUCCUGGAUGAACUUGAGGAAGUAAGUGACUACGUUAAUACAGCUGUGUGCACUGUGGACAAAAUGUCAGCCACCUCAGAUAAGAAGUGUGGCUCCUUCACUCAGUGUUUUCUACCAGUAGCAGUGAGUUGGUUGAUACUGUUGGUAAUCUUGGUCCUUCAUAUCUACUUUACAUCUGUCAUCUCUGAAAACAACAACAAGCUGACUGACCUCAACAACAAACUCAGCUCAGAAAAUGAAAGAUUGAGGAGAGACAAUGAUGAUCAGACAGUCAUCAUUAGAAACCUGACAAAGGAAUAUAAUUACCCAGAAAUCAAGGAACUAACUGCAGAGAACCAACAACUGAAGACACAAAACCAGCAGCUGAAGACACUGAACAACUUAACAGAACAAAUACGAAAAAUAGAGAAUUGUGUUACCCAGCAGAUCAUUGAUGCCUACUGCCCAAUAAAAGAUGGAAACAGACAGUGUAAACCUUGCACGCAGGGCUGGCUGUACCACCGGUCCAGCUGUUAUGGAGUCUAUUACACUGAUAGUGCUGGUCAGAAAACCUGGGAGGAAGCUCAAGAGAACUGCAGAGGAAGGAAUUCAGAAUUGGCUGUAAUAGUUAAUGAAGAUGAAAAGACAUUCAUCAGAGUUAACAGUUGGAAGAAAAAAGGACUUGCUGGCUACUGGAUUGGACUGAGAGCUGAAGCAGGGAAAUGGAAGUGGAUCGAUGGAAGUGAUCUGGCUGAAAAAUCCUGGAUGACACAACCUGCUAACAACAGCUACUGUGCAAUUUCUGUCUAUAACCAAGGAUGGGAAUCAGUGAGCUGUGGAAACAAAAACAGUUGGAUCUGCAAAAAGGCAGCUUUAUCUGUUUAA